CUCUUUCGGCUGCGAGCACUUCCUUACACGUCGUGAAGCCGUCGCUUGGCGUCGGCUAAUAGUUGAGCGGGCAAAAUGGGCUCUCUCGUCCAGGGCGAUGAUUUCCAGCACAUUCUGCGUCUGCUGAACACGAACGUGGAUGGCAAGAACAAGAUUAUGUACGCUAUGACGGCCAUCAAGGGUAUUGGCCGCCGUUUCUCUAACCUGGUCUGCAAGAAGGCUGAGGUUGACCUGAGGAAGCGCGCCGGCGAGUGCUCUGCUGACGAGCUGGAGCGCAUGAUGGGAAUUGUCGCCAACCCUCGCGCUUACAAGAUUCCGGAUUGGUUCCUGAACAGGCAGAAGGACCACAAGACUGGCCGCUACAGCCAGCUGACCUCAUCCGGCCUGGACACGGCCCUGCGUGAUGACCUGGAGCGCCUGAAGAAGAUCCGCAACCACCGCGGUCUGCGCCACUACUGGGGCCUGCGCGUGCGCGGUCAGCACACGAAGACGACUGGUCGUGCGGGCAAGACCGUGGGUGUGGCCAAGAAGAAGUAAUGUGUCAUCUUGGUGGUGGUUUCUGUUAGCUUCUGGGAGCGCGGAUGAUGCACGCCGGCGUUUGUGCGACUGCUUGUCGUUGGGUUCAAAUACUGUAACGGGCCGUGAAGUCCAUUGCCUUG